GGGAGCUCGCGGAGCGCCCGGUCCCUCCCGACGCGCCAGGUCCCGCCCGAUCGCGCCCACCGCCAACCUCGCCCGGCCGCCGCGCCAGCCUCGGGGGCGGCCCGAAACGGGGCGGGAGGAGAGGCGGAGCGGGGAGGAGCCGGGCGCGGCGCCGCGCUGUCCCUGGUCGCCGCCCACCCCGUUACACACAGCAUGUAAACAGUCCCCGCCGGGAGGAGCCCCGGGACUGGAGGGAGCCCGCGUCGCCCGGCCCAGCCGCCUGCCCGAGAGCCCACAGAGCUGCGCGCUGCCCGCCCGGGAGGAGGGCGCCCGAGGAGAGGAGGGCGGGCGGCGAAGGGAGCGGGAGGCGGGCGGCGAGUGAGGAGGCUGAGGGAGCAGCGGGCGCGGCGGGCCAGGAUGGAUUUCCAGCAGCUGGCUGACGUUGCGGAGAAAUGGUGUUCCAACACGCCCUUCGAGCUCAUCGCCACCGAGGAGACCGAACGCAGGAUGGAUUUCUACGCCGACCCCGGCGUCUCCUUCUACGUGCUGUGUCCGGACAACGGCUGCGGGGACAAUUUUCACGUGUGGAGUGAGAGCGAGGACUGCCUGCCUUUUUUGCAGCUAGCACAGGAUUACAUCUCCUCCUGCGGCAAGAAGACGCUCCAUGAAGUCUUGGAAAAAGUCUUCAAGUCUUUCAGACCUUUACUGGGGCUUCCGGAUGCAGAUGACGACGCAUUUGAAGAGUACAGUGCGGACGUGGAAGAGGAGGAGCCAGAGGCGGACCACCCCCAAAUGGGGGUCAGUCAGCAGUAGACUUCCAAGGGCUCCCACCUGAGAAGGAGAGUGGGCCCUGUGGUACCCGAGGUGGGGUCACAAGCUCCUGGGUUAGCAUUUUGCAAUAGCACUUCGAAACAGGACGUCUGACUCCCAGCAUCCAAAUUAAAAUGAAAUACCUUUUUAACGACCACACGAUAUCUGGGAUGAGCUUUGCUCAGAAGUGACCUGAAUUUUACUCCCGUUUCAGUGGGUCUCUAUGGAGUUGUCUCGGUAGCCUUUGCCAUUUUGAAUUUAGAGUCCAUUUUGCGGCUGACUGUUCUCUCUUGAGUUUAUGUUGGAGAACUAACAUUUGCUGACUCAAAAGUAGAGAACUCUGAAUGUAUUAAGGAUAUGUUUUGAGUCAUCACAGGUGACAUUAUUGAGAGAAAGCAUGGCAGAGAAGAAAUGCAGUCUGCACUUUUUUAUGUACCUUUUAAGUGUAUGAAAAUGGAAGGUUUUGCUUAUAAAGCAUGAGUUUUAAUAUCUAGUCAUUAAACUGCACAAGUGCAAAUACAAGGGCAGAAAAGGAGAAUUACUUAGUUUUGGAUUAAGAGGGUAAGAGAGGCAAAGAAGCCUUUGUUUAAGUGUUCUGCCAUUACUGAGUUACCUAGAUAUAUAGCAACUGGUUCAUGGUUAGGAAGAAACAUUAUUUGCAUGUUCAGUUAUUUUAAAACAUGCUGAUUCCAAAGCCACUUUUAAAGUCUAAUAGUGGAGAAUAUAAAUGGGGUGACAUAAAUUAUUGAUUUCUUUAAAAUGUCUAUAAGCCACCCCACAUAUGAAAUGAAACAUUUACCUUCUCUCUUUGUAACAAGAUGGCAACUUGUUAAAUCAUGAAAACAUCCCAAAUCCAAGUGCCACUUAAACUUUGAAGCCAUAGAUGAAUUUAAUAGGAAAAUAAACCAGGAUAAAUUUUUAAAAAAUAUGAUGGAAUCCUUCUUUACUUUCUUAAUCUGACUUUUAUUCUUCAAAAAAAAAGUCAAGAAAGGAUCCCACUGUAUAAUUUAUUUAAAAAUUGUAAUCAAGUGCUUUGAGGAACCUAACUGCAGUGAAGUUUUAAAGUGGUAUGAAGGUGGGAAUCUUUUAAUCGUGGGUUAGCUUGGUUCAGAAGGGAAGUUUUAAUGAUCAAAUAUUCAGACAACUCACAGAAACAACUACUAUCAUAACUGGAAACACUGCUGUCAUCAUUUAGCAACACACACUGAGGGGGGAAAUUCUUUGCAAUGCUAACAUGGAAUUAUUUAAAACAUUCAUUUUGCUUAGACCCUUCUGCAUCUCUGGUUCUAAUAAAAGAUGCAGAAUGCCUCUUUUACAACACUUGACUAAACAUAACAUCUGGGGUGGAAUUGUUUUUAACAUGCACACACAUGCCUGUUGGGUUGUCAAAAUUUUAGAUUAAAAAAAAUAAAGCAGCAGAGGCCACAGAGUUUAUGGGAGUCUUGUAUAUCUUCCAGGCAUGUUGGUGUAAACCUGAUUAUCUCAACAUUUUCUGUUUAAUUGAUUGGUGCCGUGAGGAGUACAGCUGCUCGUGGUAAAACGGUGUCCUACAGUUUUAAGUCAUCGGGUAAAAUAAUUUCGUGGUUUCCAUCCGUGCUUCAGUACCCAUGUUUUUUUCGUUUCUUGGAAAAACAUAUUAAAGGUUAACUUCAAGUGAAAUGAAUUUCCUUUGGAGUAGCCUGUUAACAAAACAAACCUUGGGGUUUUAUCCAGUGGGGCAAGCGGAUUCCGUGCUUUGCUCCCUUGCCUGUGUUCUGAUUGGCUCUGAACGUGAGCACAGGUGAUUGGGAGCUAUGCCUCCCGUAGGUAGAGCCCACGUCUGUAAGCUCCGUGUUCACACAGUAGUCUGAAAGAAUGACUUCUGCCACCGAAAUGAAGAAGCUUGACUGGCUUGCUCCAUUCAAAGGUAAACUGGAAUUUUGUACGUAGAGGCUUAAAAUCUAAAUUUACAUACGUUUGAAAAUGGAAUGGACAUAUAAAAUGUAUUUUAUGAAAAAAGUGUUUAGGCUUUGACCAAAUGCAUUGUGGUAUUAUUAUGUGAAUGUUUUCUGUUUAUAAAAAUUGAGCUGAGACAGACUCAGCCAUUCAGUGGGCCGGGGAGAAAUCUGGCCUUUGUUCUGCCCCAGGGGUAGGAAAGAACAUCGCUGUGUGUUACUUAUUUUCAAGGCAAAACCCCAAAGGGCCUUGCGAAUCGGAUUGUUUCCUCUAAAGCUUCGUUUUCUCUGAUUGUGCGCAUCCCGGCCAGCGCAUGCUGACACACAUGCACACGUACACACUCACCUGCGCUGUGGAUUCUCUGUUUGGGUCGUGGGCGGCAUCAGAGCUGGCUCAGUGCAGAGCUUCACCUGGCCGCUCAGGGACGCAGGCAGCCUGUGGUUCUCGUUAUGGAAGUGGUUCCCUGGCUAGACGAGUUCCGACUCUCACAAACAUGUAAACGCACCUACAGAGAGGCAGUGUGGUGCCACAGGAGAAGCGUAGACCCAGGAGUUAGGAGAGAGACCCGGGUUUAGUCCUGGCUCUGCCAGUGACCACGUACGUGCCCUUGGACAGGUCACUUAACUCGCCUGAAGAAAGGGGUGUUGGCCCUUCCUGCUUGAACCACUGUCCUUCCUUAACUGCCUUACUAUGUGUGUGUGUAUGAAGAGCAGCAAUCAAGGAAACUUUUCGAGAAAUGCGAAGGAAAUGCAUUUUGAAUCUUGCUGUCCUUAGGAUCCUGGCCACAGGAUGACCUUAGAACAUGUUUGUGUUGGUCUAUGAGUGUUGAAACCCCCUCGGGUCUGAUGCUGAGGGGCUGAUGAGAUUCUGUCCUUAGAUGAGAGGGUAAAGGGGGGCCCCGGAGAUAUGGAAAGCAUAUCAAUACUUGUCCCAGUUGGCUGCUGUGCCAUGGAAGGUGUGGAUUUGCCUGUGCUCUGACAGACUGGGGCUUUGGAAGUAGGGUAAGUUUAACUUAACUGAGACGGGGAAUUCGCAUGAAGAAUAGCUGGAAGAGAGUGAGAGAUGAGUACUUUGUUGCCGUGUCAUCCAGUAGAGAGAAAGAGAAGUAACAGAGAGAAAGUGACUGAGUGUGAGAGUGUGUGUGUGUGUGUGUGUGUGUGUGUGUGUGAAUAGGGGAAUGGUUGAUUGCUUGUUGAUCACUGUGGGCUAGCUGUGAAGUCACGCCUGUGAUCAUGUUCCAAAACCUUGGUCCCAGGUUUGAGUGAAUCACAGAGACAUUUUUCUAGUGGCUACCUGGUGACUUUCCCUGCCUGAUAAUCAUACCAAGGAGACUUCGGGGAGUCGGAGAGCAGAUUCUGGAGGGAGGUGAGACCCCACAGUAUACCUGCCAACACCAUGGACACUACGGUGUCCACUCAAGUCUCCCAGGCUCCCAGCAACACAGUGCUUUUUCCCCCCAUGCCUAGAACAUGAAAAGUCUCUAAUUUAGGAAUUCUCCUUGUGUCCUGGUGCCAGAAUUGAGGUUUCCAGUGUCCUUAAGUGAAAACCCCUCUCCUCUCGUAGUCACUGUGUUUCCACAUAGGAGCAGAAACCUUUCCCUAGCACAAGUACAUGUCUAAAUAUUGCUUCUGUUUCAUAAGAGCACAAAGUAUGGACCUAGGAGAGCUGUGAUACUAGAGCAUCAUUGGAAUUUAUAUUUUAGGAAUCUGCCUCAUAUUAAAAUAUACAAGUUGGGAAGCUGUGGUAUGAACAGAUCUUAUUUCUCCUGGUUUGUGAGACACUUAGGAAUAGGCAGGACUUAACCUGGGGUAGGAGGAGAUGAGUAAGGUAGAAUGGGAGAGUUAGGGUCUGAUUUUUUACAUAAAUAUAAAGGCAAGAGGCAGUUAUCAUAUAAAAUACAAGAGAACUGUUGUCCUGGCUAUCUCACCAGGAUCCUGCUUUCCUCAAAGGGACUGCUUGCAUGUUGAGAGGCAAGGCCUCUGUCGGGGGUGGCUUUGUGGCUUUAAAAAUGCCCCCCAGCCAAGGAGACAAUGGGUGUCUUGCAAAUCUGGUGGAGUUCUGUUCCUCACUAAACCAGCUGCCAGAGAAGCCUGUAUUUCCAAAGUGCUGACAGAUCUGAAAGGGGCUCCAAUCACCUGGCAGGCAGAACGGGAACCAAACUUGACCUCGCUGUCAGCUGCAGAGGAGGCUGCAGAUCAGGAAUGCCCCAGCCGGCCAGAGGGCAGAGCCCACCUACCCCACCACGCUUCCAGGUUGUAAAAGAGCACAAUUAAAACUCAAGUGGAUCACAGAUCCCUCUUCCCUCUAGUGAGUGUUAACUCCAAAGAGAUGUCAUUGCCUGAUUGCUUAGUCUUCAGAUGAUCAGAGAAGCCUCAAAUUUUUUUGAAUUAAAAACUAAUCCUCUUCCAUAAAGACACAAGCAGUUAUCUUGGUUUGGUGAUACCAGGUAUGGCAUGAAAGGCUGAAGUCUUUUAGAUUUUAUACAGAAUAAUUCUCAGACGUGCCAGAAUGCCGAUAGCCACUGGUAUCCGUGGCAACGUGGUGUCCAUGGUAAAAUAUCUAUAGCUCGUGUUCAUUGGGCAAAUUGUUAAAUAAUGUGUUGUCUUUGGUAUUUUUAUUUAAAUUUGGAUUACAAAAAUAGAGGACCUAUGAGCAUUUCAUGUUGUAGAAAGUCUACUUAAAGCACGGUAUGGCUGAAUAGGCCCAAGUAGUUAAAAUCAGGCACCAGGCCACAUACAAAUAAACAUUUAAUUUUCUGAGAACUGUGUAUUCAAGUUAUUCAGUACCACAGAGAGAGCUGACAGUCUGUUCCUUGUAAAACUGCCUUUGCCUGUUUUUUUUUUCUUUUUUGUUUCUUCAGAUUCAUUUUUUACUUUAAGUACCUUCUGAUAGCUAGGCAGAUAAGAUACAGAGCAGUACUCUGUACAAAUGUCAGCUUUUGAGAGGAGAAAGUAAGUCAUCAGUUCUAGGGAAAACCUGAAACUAUCUGUGAACCAGUCUUAAUUUGUGUAAGAGAGCAAAGUUUAGUAUCUACAUAAGAAGCAAAAGCAAGGAAUGGUUUGGGGGUUUUGUUUUUUAGGUGAGAAAUGUUUCAUGCAGGGUGUCUCUGCUUUCUUUGCCUUUAUAUUUCCUUUCAAAGAAAUCUCUUGUAAAUGACAAAACUGUGAAAUGGGUUGCCAAAAAUCGUUGCCCUUCAUUAGAUGCUUCAGCAGUGUAAACGCGAAAUUGAACCCUGUGCACACCUGCUCCUUCCUCUCUCCGCUGAGGGUGAGGAUCUCAUCCAACGAUGUAAUUACCAUACGCUUGCUAUUAAAGAGCCUUCCGAACUCC